CACACACUCACCCACUUCUACUAAAAACCUAAAUAGACCCAUCUUCGACUUGCGGCUGCUUCUGGAUAAACCCUCUUCCUCAUCCGCUGCCUCGCUUCUAAAACUUUCAUUCUUCAAUCCUCCUCCAAUUUUCCGUGAGCUGCCUCACUCAUCUCCCCUCAUUUUCGUUUUUUGUGGACUCACGGAAAUGAUUUUCUAUGUCGAAUUGUGGUCUCGCUAUGUUUAUUGCCGUUGUAUUGCGCCUCUGCUUCUUGAUUAUGAACAAGUUAUUGUGUUUUUGUAGCUCGGUCUAUUGAUUAAAGAUGCCAUUUCUGUGAAACCCCAGAAUUUCUAAUUGGGUGCGGGUCUUGGGUGUACGAAGUAAAUGACGUCAACUUUUGCUGGCCUGUCCUCAGUCGGUUCAUUGGCUGCCCCCGGCAGCAGGGUGCUUGAUGAUAAAAUCGCAGUUUCAUCGAGCAGGUUGUCGUCUCUUGCUUCUAUAUCCGCUAGUUCACUUGGGAGGAGAAAGAAUGUGGUCCUCCGCAAAACACGCCCUUCUCAGAUAACAGCAGCCGCCAAGGACUUGUACUUCAACAAGGAUGGCUCAGCCAUCAAGAGACUUCAGGUUGGUGUUAACAAACUUGCGGAUCUAGUGGGUGUCACUCUUGGACCCAAGGGAAGGAAUGUGGUUCUUGAAAGCAAGUAUGGUGCCCCCAAAAUUGUCAAUGAUGGAGUUACUGUGGCUCGAGAGGUUGAGUUGGAAGAUCCAGUUGAGAACAUAGGAGCUAAAUUGGUUAGACAAGCAGCUGCGAAGACAAAUGACCUGGCUGGGGAUGGGACAACAACAUCUGUUGUUCUUGCACAAGGGCUUAUUGCCGAAGGUGUUAAGGUAGUUGCAGCUGGAGCAAACCCUGUCCUUAUUACUAGAGGAAUUGAAAAGACUACCAAAGCAUUGGUUGCUGAACUGAAAGCGAUCUCAAAAGAGGUUGAAGAUAGUGAACUAGCAGAUGUUGCUGCUGUAAGUGCAGGAAACAACUAUGAAGUAGGGAAUAUGAUAGCUGAGGCUUUGAGCAAAGUUGGUAGGAAAGGUGUGGUUACUCUCGAAGAGGGCCGAAGUGCAGAAAACAAUCUUUAUGUUGUUGAAGGAAUGCAGUUUGACCGUGGCUAUAUCUCUCCCUACUUUGUAACCGACAGCGAGAAAAUGACUGUUGAGUAUGACAAUUGCAAGUUGUUACUUGUCGACAAGAAAAUUACAAAUGCAAGAGAUCUCAUUAAUGUCUUGGAAGAUGCCAUUAGAGGUGGUUAUCCUGUGUUGAUAAUUGCUGAAGAUAUUGAACAAGAAGCUCUAGGAACUCUCGUUGUGAACAAGCUGAGGGGGGCACUGAAAGUUGCUGCACUUAAAGCUCCUGGAUUUGGGGAGAGAAAGAGUCAGUAUCUUGAUGACAUUGCUACUUUGACAGGAGGAACUGUGAUCAGGGAGGAAGUUGGGCUAACCUUAGACAAGGCCGAUAAGGAGGUUUUGGGACAUGCUGCCAAGGUGGUGUUGACUAAGGAUUCCACUACGAUAGUUGGGGAUGGAAGUACUCAGGAUGCCAUAAACAAACGUGUCUCUCAAAUAAGAAACCUCAUUGAGGCGGCUGAUCAAGAUUAUGAGAAGGAAAAAUUAAAUGAAAGAAUUGCAAAGCUAUCUGGAGGGGUUGCUGUGAUUCAGGUUGGAGCGCAAACUGAAACAGAACUGAAGGAGAAGAAACUUCGAGUAGAAGAUGCUCUCAACGCCACUAAGGCUGCUGUUGAGGAAGGAAUUGUCGUUGGAGGUGGAUGCACGUUAUUGAGGCUUGCAUCCAAAGUCGAUGCUAUCAAGGAAACUCUUGAUAAUGUUGAGGAGAAGGUUGGAGCAGACAUAGUGAAAAGAGCUUUGAGUUAUCCGUUGAAAUUGAUAGCCAAGAAUGCUGGUGUUAAUGGAAGUGUUGUUAGUGAAAAGGUGCUGUCAAGUGAUAACCCUAAAUACGGAUACAAUGCCGCAACUGGACAGUAUGAAGAUCUCAUGGCUGCUGGAAUUAUCGAUCCAACUAAGGUGGUGAGGUGUUGCUUAGAGCACGCAUCUUCGGUGGCGAAGACAUUCUUGAUGUCCGACUGCGUGGUGGUGGAGAUCAAGGAAGCCGAGCCCGUCGUGGCAGGAAAUCCAAUGGACAACUCAGGGUAUGGUUACUAAGCGAGUCGAUGAAAAGAGGUGGUGCCGGAGCUCCGAUAUGGUGGCGGAUUAGAUUAGAUUUCGUGAGGCGUUGCAUGUAACGAAACUUGCAAUUCAAUAUUUAAAGCAGUGCAAUAAAUUUAUGUGUUUGCUAAA